AUGGAGCUGGCGAUAUGCAGACUUCUGAAUAGUCUCACAGACGAGCGAUUCAAGGUGGUCUAUCAGGCACCAACCAAAUCUCUCUGCUCUGAGAGGUUCCGAGACUGGAGUAACAAAUUCGCAAGACUCGGUCUCAAGUGCGCAGAAUUGACUGGUGAUACUGAUCACACGCAGUUACGCAGCGUUCAAAGCAGCCACAUCAUCAUCACCACACCUGAGAAGUGGGACAGCAUCACACGCAAAUGGAAAGAUCAUAUGCGAUUGAUGCAACUGGUCAAAUUGUUUCUCAUCGACGAGGUUCACAUCCUCAAAGAAACCCGGGGAGCUACACUAGAAGCAGUUGUCUCGCGCAUGAAAAAUAUCGGAUCCAAUGUACGAUUUGUCGCGUUAAGCGCAACUGUUCCCAAUUCCGAAGACAUUGCGACGUGGCUGGGCAAAGACGCAGCAAAUCAACAUAUCCCUGCGCAUCGUGAACACUUCGGAGAAGAUUUUCGGCCCGUGAAAUUACAGAAGUUCGUAUACGGAUACCACUCGACGGGUAAUGACUUUGUGCUUGACAAGAUCUGCGGGUCCAAGUUCGUUCACCACUUGAGGGAAGUGUUCAGAGGUGAAUCACUAAUUGUCAGUGUGCAGACUUCCUGA